CCUUCAACAAUAAAAAAAAUAAGCAGACUAAGAAAUUGGAUUUAACAUGUCUAUUUGAGACAAAUAUCUUAUAAGAAACUCAAACAAUGGCCCAAACCCAAAAGAAAAAAAAAAAGCAUCACAUGCUAUAAUGCUAUGGUGGUACGGACCAGAUGAAGAUAUCAGAGGGAAAAGGGGGGUGCCACUGCCAUUAUCCGGUGCAUGGUUCAUUGCAGGUGCCCAAAAUUAUGUCUUUUCAAGAAAGGAUAAAUCACAUAAUAAAUUCAUGACAUAUAUCACAUCAAAAUCAAUGUGGGGGGUGGGGUCAUCACCAAAGUAAAAUGAAUCAGAAAAAAAGACAAAAAGUCUUUGAAUUGUAACUAGAUAUAGUGGAAAACAUAAUUUUCUAUCAUGUUUGGUGAAAUUGCACUUGCCAAUCCCCAUUUGCUUCCACCAAAAUUUAGGUGUUUUUUUGGUGCCUUCACGCAAAUAAAUUUCGCAUACGAUAACUUAAGAGAUUCAAAAAAGGAAAAUCUUGUUGAUUUUUAGAAAUAAAAUUAAAGUCAAAUGUGCUAGAGUGAUCAACCAAAAAUAGAGGAGGAGAAUAUUUUGUUCCAAGCUUUAAGUGUUGUGAAUCUGGGUUCGGCCUGCAAAACCUAAGCCCCAAACUUGGUGUGAAAUUGAGUUGUGGUGAAAUUCUAGGACCAAUUGUUGGCCUGUUAUUUUCGGACUAAGAGUCCAAAUAACAUGAUGGAAGCCCAUUUUCCACCUGUGUUUAAAAAUGAAUGGCCUCAUCGGCCAUGGCCCUCAAAGAAAAUGUGUAGAAGAAAAAUGAAAUUCUUAUGCUCGCUGGUUUUAGCUUUCUUUCUUUUUAUCCAUAUCUCAAACAGUUCUGUAUAACUGGGCAUGUCAUUUCCUUGAAAAAUAAGGAAUACCCAUGUCGUGUCUUGAAGAGUUUUCCCCUGGUAUCAGCUAUGAUCAAUUGUGGGUUCCUCUUUUAGUGGGACUUCUGAUGCCUAGGCCAUCCUUAUUCUGUUUCCACCAUGAAUUUCCUUUUGGCUAAAGAAGAUGCAGAGAAGAAAGCAGGUACUAAAUCAUGCUUCUAUUGCAACAAAGUAUUCAACAACUAUCGAGCUCUAGGUGGCCACCUUAGGAUUCAUCAGGAGGAUAAGACAUUGAGGUCCUUGAAUUAUCCUGGUCGUUCCAGUAAUUCCAUGGACAUUACUAGGAAUCCUCCUGCAUCCCUACCAAUUGGCCAACGGAACUCAUCAGCUGGUGGGAACAACCCGACUCCAUUCACUAGAGCACCCCCUCCGCUUGACUUUUCUAGGAUGUUCUGCUCAAAUGAAGCAAACCAGGCAAGUAGGAGCAAAUUCACUGGCAGCAAUCCUGGAGUUGCACAAGCUCAGAUUAUCAUGUCUCCAGACUUCUCACAUGGCUGCAGUAGUGGUUCAACUUAUCACCAUAACAGUUUGGCUUCAAGAGCAUUUGUUCCAGCUGGUGCCAAUGCAGCUAUGUCUUCUGCUGCAUUUGCUCCAUCUGGUAGUGGUGUCGCCACUGGCUUUCCUAUAGAUGCUUCAUUAUGUUUGGGCUCAAAUGGAGGCUGUCAGUUUAAUACUGAUGAAUUUCAGAUUAGCCCGGACGGUUUGCCAACAUCCUCUGCAGAUACCUUGCAGAACAUUCAAGGUCCUCCUCCAUGCUCAACCCUGGAUAAAGUUGGUCAAUAUGAUAGAAGAAGUUUGUUGACUUGCAAAGAAGGUAAGAAGCCCUACUUAGCUGAUGGAUCAGGGAAUGCUGACAUAACGAAUGCAUCAAAAAAACCUAGGAUUGCCCCCGUUGCACUUGUGGAACCAGAGAAUCUUCAGACAAAAGAGCUAUCACUCUUCGUGGAUUUUGAUGAUUCAAUUUCUGCACCGGAGAGUUGUUUUAAUGCUGAAGACAAAGGUCCAGCAGACGUAGAUUUGUCUCUUCAUCUGUAGACUUGUGUGUUUCUCUCUAUAAUAAAUAAGUAAUAGUAGAAGAAUAAAGAAGUGGUCUCUCUUGUCUUGCCCUCCCCACCCCCUAAAAAAAAAGGAAUGUAAUGUUUCUAUGCACUGCUGAACUAUUUACAAAAUGCAUAUUCGGUUUGGUUAAAUUUUAUAUCAUCUAUUAUGAAAUUUCUUCUGGAUUGUGGAGUUUGAUUAAUCUUUGCAUUGCUUAACUGGGUCUUGAAUUUGAAAACUUGUAAAUAAGUUCUUAUGAUUGGUUUUAUAGAAUCAUAUAGACAUGAGAGAGAGGAAACAAUUGGAAUUGGAAAAGCGACGUUUUAGUUUUGGACUUCGUUCUGAAUGUAGAUACAUGGAAACAAGGCUUUGGUCGAAGUUCAGUGUUCAGCAUUAUCACCUACAGUUGUUGUCUCUUAUGUCUGGAGCAGUUUAUAUUCUUCCUAAUAACACUAGUAUUUGUCUUAGUUAGGGUCCUUUUCGGCACUGCUGUAAACUGUUCUGGAGUAGUUGUUAGAGCAAUGGCUUAUGUAUUACAAUCUUUCUCUGAUCUUG